AUACCCGUGAAACCCAAAUUUCUGUUGGGAGAAGGAAAGCCCAUUGACCGUGUGGUGUUGCACUUUUACGCCCUCGCAUCAAUCAUCUACACAAGGGAACCGACGUCUUGAAUAAUUCAUGCGAUCUGGAAAUGCUGCACUUGUGAUUCUAUUACAACUCUUUAACCUCUCUGCAGAUUAGGAAAUCAAACUUUAAUUUUGGAAGGUUCUCCUGGACUGGCUUGAACAAGUUUUGCUAAUAAGAAGACGGGCCGAGAAUAUAGGGUGUCAUGGCCUCAGAAAGAGAAGAUUUCAAUGGUUCUGGACCAUUACACCUGACAGACAUUGACUGGACCAAUGUGGAGCACCAAAGAAUUAUAGCUGCCAGUUUGGUUCAGAGUGUGUAUAUCUUAGAGCUGGAUCGUCAUGAAAAUCGGGAGGGAGAGCAGGCUCUUGCUCCUCCUUGGUGGGAGUUCUUUCACUUUAAGCUACACAGUAUGCUUGUUGAUGAUGUUGAUUUAUCUAUAUUUGGUGCCAUAUUCGAACUUGAUCUCCAAUCACCAGAAUGCAGCCUCUCAACAAGUGAAAUGCCUCAUUAUGUAAUUGCCUUUAGGGGAACCCUCACAACAGGAGCUGCUUUUGCACGUGAUGUUCUAUUGGACAUUGAUGUUGUCCGCAACGGACUUCACCAGUCAUCACGCUUUGAAAUAGCUGUUCAAGCUGUCCAAAACCUGGUUGCUGCAUUUGGACACUCGAAUAUAUGGUUAGCAGGCCAUUCUCUUGGGGCAGCUAUGGCGCUGCUUGCAGGAAAGAAUAUGGCUAAGAAGGGUGUAUUCAUUGAAACGUUUCUGUUCAAUCCCCCCUACUUUUCUGCACCUAUUGAGAGAAUUCAAGAUAAGAAGGUGAAACAUGGAAUACGAUUUGCAGGAAGCUUAGUCACUGCAGGGCUAGCUUUUACCAUGAAGACUAAUGAAAAGAUUAAUGGCAACGAACAGAACAGCAACAAGUCAGAAGAUCCAUUUGCUGCUCUAUCUGCUUGGUUGCCACGUUUAUAUGUGAAUCCAGCUGACCACAUCUGCUCGGAGUACAUGGGGUAUUUUGAGCAUAGGAGAAAUAUGGAAGAUAUGGGAGCGGGAUUAAUUGAGAAAUUUGCAACUAAAUAUUCAAUGACGAGUUUAUUUAUGACUGCAAUGGGAAAGGAGCCAGAGGAACCAUUACAUCUCAUUCCUUCGGCCAAACUGAUAGCUCAUUUAAGUCCUUCAGAUGACUUUAGAGAAGCUCAUGGAAUCAAGCAGUGGUGGAAAUCUGAUCUUAAUUUACAGGUCACAGACCAUAGUUUCAAAUAAAUAUAUUGUAUAAUUUAUCCAUUUAACAAUCCACGUAGUCUCGGAUUGUAUUACUAGUAGUUUGAUGCUUAUUUGUUGUUAAUUGUGUGUUGCCCAUUAUUUUGUUCGAUUGUACACGUUCAAUUCAAAUGUAUAAAAAAUAUUUAUUUGACUGAA